AUGUCUUGGUUCCGCAAAGACAAGUCCGCUGCGCGGACGCCUGAACCUCAACAACCCUCGCAAUAUGAUCCCUAUGCUCCUCGUCCAGGCGAGGAAAAUAUUCCAGACGAAUACGAGUCCAACCGGCGGGCACUCCUAGCGCCUGGCGGUCAAGGCAGAGGACCCUCGCCCGGCCCACAAUCCCAGUACAACAGACCACAGCAGAGAAACCGCUACGAUGCAAGAGAUGACGAGGAGGAUGCAUACGGCAGCAGCAAUCGAAUCCGAAAGGCCGGGCCCCCUCCAAGUGCUCAGCAAGUUGCCAGGGAGGCGAACAGCAUUCGUGCGAUGCCCGAUCGUGUCAAUAGGAGCGGUGGUCCUAAUGAUGCUUACUCUCGUGGCGUACGUGACCUGGACCAAGAUCGUGCUAAUCUAUUCGCGGGUGCUACGGUCAAGCCAGGACCUGGUGGACCCAGUCGCUACGACGAGCCGAGUGGCGGUCGUGGAGGUGGAGGGAAUGGAGACGAGGAGGAAGAAGAUCUGGAGACACUUCAGAAGAAUACCAAAGAUAUCAAGCAGCAGAGCGUGCAAUCCACCCGAGACGCUCUGCGCAUGAUGCGAGAGGCAGAGGAGACGGGCAAGAAUACAUUGCUCAAGUUGGGCUCUCAAUCCGAACAACUCGGAAUGACUGAACGACACCUCCAGGUCUCCAAGGGCUAUAUCCGACGUGCCGACGACAACACGGCAGACAUCAAGACGCUCAAUCGCUCCAUCUUUAUCCCAGCCAUCACCUUUGACAAGUCGAAGAAGCGCGCAGAGCAAGAGGCAAAAAUGGCACGUCGCUACGAGGAAGAGCGCACAGAGCGUGAAACCACGAUGAAUAACAUUCGUGAAGCACACGAGCGAGUCGCAAACGUCACACGCGGUGGUCGCAGUGAUGGUCCACCUGGAGACGACGACGAGAGCCUUGGUGGUGGUGGGCGCUUCCGGACACCACAGCAAAUGGCCGCACGGCGUGCACAGUGGGCCAAGUAUCAGACGCGCGAUGACGAUGAAGAGGAUAAUGCGAUGGAAGAUGAGAUUGCGACCAACCUCGACGAGCUGUCACUUGGUAUCGGUCGUAUCAAGGCCAUUGCGCUCGCACAGGGUGAAGAGGUCAAGAGACAGAAUGCUCAACUCGAGCAGCUUCACAGGACGGUUGGAGAUGUCGACCAGCGUUUGGCCGCAAGCACUGAGAGGAUGCGGAGACUCUAG